UCUGAGAAACAUUCAUCAUGGCAUCCAAGAUGAUAAUUCAGCAGCCCAAGCCUCUCGUGGUGUCUGCUGCCUCAGACCAGUGGAGUACCAGCAUCUGUGAAUGUGACAAUGUUAAUGAAUGUUGUUUUUCCGUGUGGUGCUUUCCCUGCUUCGCCUGCAUUACAGCCAGAGAUCAUGGAGAAUGUCUUUGUCUGCCUCUACUGGACAGCUGUGGAGCAAUCCCCCCCAUAACACUCUCAAUGAGGGUGUCCACACGCAAACGCUAUGGAAUCUCGGACACUAUCUGCAAUGACUGCGUGUAUUCUUACUUCUGUGGCCCUUGCUCUUGGUGCCAGAUCAGAAGAGAGAUGAAGGCGAGACUCCACCCUGUCACUCUGUUUAACAACAGGCCAACAUAA